AGGUGUAGAGGGGCAAAUCUGUGUUGUAGGUGUUUCCUUCGGUGCGUGACGAGCGGACAGGUUUUCCAUUUGCUCUGUUCAACCUGUUAUUUUUAUUAUUUUCUCACAUAAUUCCCAGCGUUUCUCUCUUCAUGUGUUGAUACUCCUCCGCUGAGUCGUUCUUCCAGCUGCUGAAGUGGACUUUGGCUUGCGCGCGAAAUGAAGUUAAUGCAGUUCACAACCUACACUGAACAACAUCCAGCUCUUGCUAGUGGACAGCGGUGUAGUGUUUUUAACUUGUUAGAGUCAGAGUCGUAGGCUGUGUGAGUUGAGGAAGAAACACCUGUUGCACCUGCACGGCCUGCCGAGGACUCCUAAUCGCUGCUGCCGCUGAGUUUUCCUGUCCGAACUAAACGCAGAUAUCGAUAAUGAAAGCUUGAUAUCAUCCUCAAACAACCGAGAAGGAAGGUGAUUAAGAGCAACUUUUAUUUUGGGAGCAAAGAUGGAGUCGGUCGGGCAAAGGGCAAAGAGCCUGGCACUGAUUUUUCUAAUUGUGGUGUGUGUGCAGAGUGACUUUGUGGAGCCUCCUGAACCAGAUGCCUCCCUGCGCUCCAUGUCAGAGAGUCAGACCAGGCUUCCCUGUCGCUACCAGGUGGAGGAGGGCGAGAAGGUGGUGCAGGUCACCUGGUACAAGGAGCUCGCGGACGGCAGCAAGGACCAGAUCAUCACGGCUCACUUCACGGACGGCCACACGGAGUUUGGGCGUUACUCUGGUCGGGUGAGGUUCGAGAGCAGCAGCCCCACGGAGAAUGCCGCUCUGCUCAUCCCCAGUACGGAGGAGUCGGACGAGGGCAGCUACGCCUGCCACAUCUCCACCUUCCCAAACGGAAACUUUGAGAGGCACAUCACCCUCACCGUCUGGAGUUCACCCAUCUCCUCCCUGGAGCCUGUGAUCCUGGUGGAGGGCCAGUCGUUCCGUGUGGCCGCCACCUGUCGAUCCGUGGGUCGCCCGCUUCCCCGUCUCUCCUGGGACACCGACCUGCCAGGCCUGUCCCAGAACCGCACCAACGAGGGCGGCUCCGUGUCCAGCCACUACUCCCUGCACCCCUUGCGGAGCAUGAACGGGAAAAAGCUGGACUGUUUAGUGUGGCAUCCCAGCCUGGACGGGCCGCGCAGGCUCUCAAACCGCCUGGUGGUUCAGUACCCCCCAGAUGCCACCAUCUCCGCUCCCUCAGGAGACUUGUAUGUGGGUUUGGAGAAAGCUGAGCUGCUGUGCAACAGCGGGGGAUACCCCAAACCUCAGAACGUCACCUGGACAUGGAGGGGAGGAGCUCUGCCAGACGGGGUGUCUGUGGUUGGAGGAAAACUUGUUUUUGGGCGGGUCCUGCGCAUGAAUGACAGUGGGGUCUAUGAGUGUGUUGUCAAGAACAACGUAGGAGUAGGAAAAGCAGAGUAUACACUGACACUAACAGAGAUAUCUCAACGCCAGGGCGACUCCUCUGAUGAUAACCUGCUGCUGAUCAUUAUUGGCGCCUCAGCCGGAGCUCUGGUCAUGGUGCUGGUCAUUGUCGUCCUGCUGGUCAACCGCUACCAUCGGCACAGAAACAAAAAGCUUGAGAUGGAGCUCAGCGAGAAAACGGAGGAAAUUAACAGCCUCUCCAGACAAGCCUCCUUCAGGAGACUGAACUCUGUUAGCACAGACCCCAGAGUGCCGGCUGAAGAUUACGCCCUGCUCAGAGUAGACAGCAGAAUGAACCACAGCCAGUCUCUGGAGCGACCCACCUACAAAGACAGCCAGUCCACUCUGGGCGGGAAGUGGGGUCCUCCAGGAGGGGUGGAGGUGGAUGAACUGGGGCGUCCGGUCGUCUGGCAGGAAGACAGCGAGAGCCUGAGAGGGGCAGAGAUGGACAGAGAGAAGGAGGAGCGCAGGAGGAGGGUGGAGUCGUACCUGAAGAGCAGCAACAUGUCACUGGACUCGGGUCUUCCUUCGUCCCUGGUUCCCCUGAAGGCCCAGCAGGACGACGCCGUCGGGCCCAGAGAGCCAGACCUCGGUCACAUCAGGGAAGAGGACUGGGCCCCGGCCCAGUCGGUAGAGCAGGGACGCGAUGAGGACGACGGCAGCAGUAGCUCCUUCCAGAUCUCAGAGGCGCUCACUACUCACUUCUACUACAGUAACGGGGUCCUCAGACCCAGGCCACACUCCAAUGCCAUUCUGCUGAACCCCAGAGGACAGAUUAUCUAGACUGGAGGCUCUCAGCCACUACAUGUCUGCAUUCCUGAAUUGACAGUGAUCUUAUUCUUUGUAAAUGGAUGUUUGUUUUGUACACACUGACUGCAAUGGGUAAUUAGCCACAGGCACGACUCAAAUGCUGAUCAUUUUAUUACCUCUGGGUUGGGAGAUUUAUUUUAAGGCUAUAAUAAUUGGGGAGUGUUUUAAGGUGAUUUUAUGUCUUCAUUAGAUACCCAACAGUGGAGAGGAAAUGAGGAGAGAGAGAGAUGGUGAAUGACAUGCAGUAAAAGUCCCCAGCCAGACAUGGACCAGGAACUAAUUUGGAAGUUUUUAAACCUAAUUAUUUUGAAGAAACAGAAAACCAAACAGCCAACGAUUUUUACCUUUCAUGCACCAAAAUGGCAUUUAAAUGAAAACUUUUCCUCUCCUUGAAAAUGCAUGGAAUCAACGUUCCUGUUACACAGCGUUUACUGGAUUUGUGCAUCCACGGCUUCUGAUGAAUUACAGCUGGAUCCCUGUGAAUCCUGUCAACUGUUUACAUCAAAAACAUUCAGGGAACACAAUAUGAACAAGCUCUAAGUCGUGGCCAAGUUAGUGUGAACUGGACUCAGAACCUUUAUAUUUCAGUGUGGAUGCACCUGUGGAUAAAAGGUUAGUGUGUGUAUUUGUACAUGUAUCUAUUUUAUAUAUGUAUAUAUAUAUAUGUAUAUAUGAGGAAGGGAUAAAGAGCUACUGUAUGGUUAUGAUGAUGUUAUGAACAGUUACCUGCAACUACAAAAAGGUCAGAAAAGCUGUUACUCUGAGGACCUGAACAUAGACAUGAAACAAACUGUUCAUGGACAGAACAUGUGGAACUGGCUUCCAUGACCGGGUUUAAACCACAUCUACAUUACUGUCACUGUCAGUGCACAGCAAUCAGAGGCAGCACCCUCAGGCGAGGCAAACCAGGCAAAUGUUUGUGGCCCCAAAGGGGAAAAGGGCCCCUGAUGGUCCCUCAUAUUGUCACAUUUUGCAAUGACAACUAUAAGCUGUCUUAAACCUCCCAUGAAGACACCAUACAGUGCACCGCUGCUGCCCCAAAACCUCCCUGAGUGGGGCCCCUGAUGAUGUGUGCUGUAGCUAGCCUCUACUGAUUGCCUGCAUGUGAGAUGUUCAAGAAACAUCUGUAAAUUGUAGCAUCUGUCAAUAGUCUGCAUAUGAGGGUGGGGGAGGUUCUUCGAUGGACUUCUUUCCCUGGAUCCCCCAAAGUCUAGGAUCACCCCUGACAGGAGUGGAGAGACUGGAUGAAACGUGCAGGAGAUGAACUGUAAAACAUCAUCC